AUGCAUGCAGCACGACGCUCUAAAGCUUCCCAUACACUCAAGUCAAAUGAACCCCCUGCAGCAGCAGCAGCAGCAGCAGCAACAGCAGCAACAGCAGCAGCAGAAACAGCAGCAACGGCAGAAGUAGCAACAGCAGCAGCAGCAGCAGCAGCAGCAGCAACAGCAGCAGCAGAAACAGAAGCAGCAACAGAAAUAAUAGAGAGCAAGAGGAAGCAACGGGCUCUCACGCCAGUGCUGCAGCAGCAGCAGCAGCAGCAGCAGCAGCAGCAGCAGCAGCAGCAGCAGCAGCAGCAGCAGCAGCAGCACAGCAACAGCAGCAGCAGCAACAGCAGUCGUAGCAGAAGCACAACAGCAACAGCAGCAGCAGCAGCAGCAGCAACAGCAACAGCAACAGCAACGAAGACAUCCAUAAGAGUAAUGCUAGAGAACAAGGAAUCAACUCUCUAA